AUGAUGAGUUCAUCACCAAUUCGAAGACUCAAGAUCAGAUACUGCAUCUCUCUGAUGCGGCAUUUACUAUCAUCUUUGCUUCCCGUUUCUCUUGCUACUCUAGUUACAGGUGCUCCUGUUGCUACUCUAGUUACAGGUGCUCCUGUUGCUACUCUAGUUACAGGUGCUCCUGUUGCUACUCUAGUUACAGGUGCUCCUGUUGCUACUCUAGUUACAGGUGCUUCUGUUACUACUCUAGUUACAGGUGCUCCUGUUGCUACUCUAGUUACAGGCGCUCCUGUUGCUACUCUAGUUACAGGUGCUCCUGUUGCUACUCUAGUUACAGGUGCUCCUGUUGCUACUCUAGUUACAGGUGCUUCUGUUACUACUCUAGUUACAGGUGCUCCUGUUGCUACUCUAGUUACAGGUGCUCCAGUUACUACUCUAGUUACAGGUGCUCCUGUUGCUACUCUAGUUACAGGCGCUCCUGUUGCUACUCUAGUUACAGGUGCUCCUGUUGCUACUCUAGUUACAGGUGCUCCUGUUACUACUCUAGUUACAGGUGCUCCUGUUGCUACUCUAGUUACAGGCGCUCCUGUUGCUACUCUAGUUACAGGUGCUUCUGGUACCAUUGCUUUGACUACAAUGGAUUUUGUUGAUAAAGUUACUUCAGCGACUGUUAACGGUGCAGCCGUUACUGUUACCGUUGUCUCUGCUGCUACAUCUGCCUCUGCUGCUUCAUCUGCUUUUGCUGCUCACGUUGUUAACUAA